AUGGUUGUUCCAGCUGGAUUACACAUGAGUGCCCCCUCAACAUUUGAUAAAUUCAAAAUGGGUGCCAUGAUGGGCAGCACCGUUGGCUUAAUCAUCGGCUUUAUAUUUGGAUCUGUCAAUAUCAUGCGAUUUGGAGCUGGACCAAGCGGUAUUACUCGGACUCUUGGGAAUUAUAUGAUUGGAUCAGGUGCCACAUUUGGAUUCUUCAUGUCAAUUGGAAGCAUAAUCAGGACAGAUACGGUCUCUCAACAUGCAAUUAAUUCUUUUGCUCUAUCUCGUGGUCAGCCCAUUACUUAUCUACCUAGGAAUAAGAUGUAUCAAAAUCGUCACUAG